AUGUCUGUAGAUAAUUUGGAUUAUGAUUCUAUAUGGUGUGAUGAAACUGUGCGCGAUAUAUUAACCCGACAACAUCAGGAUUCUAUAUCUGUCCAGAAUAGUAUAGCUGACUUGAGGCAGAAUUUAAUGACAAAUCCAUGUCCAGCAGAGUUAAGAGGUCUUGUAUGGAAAAUACUUCUAGGUGUUUAUCAAACAUCCUGGGAAGAUUAUGCUGGUUUACUCAAAGAUGGCCCAACCACGCUUGCUGGUAAUAUAAAAAAUGAUACGUUUAGGACGUUCUCGACAGAUACAAAGUUUACUGGAAAUGUGACAGAAGAUAUGUUGAUUAGAAUGUUAAAUGCAUUUGUUAGGGUGAAUGAUGAAAACAAUUCUCGUGCUACCAUUGUUCGCAAUCAACUAAAUUUUCAUCGGAUAGAGAGUCUGACAUACGUUCAAGGUAUGAAUGUUUUGGCAGGACCUUUUUUGCUAGCCUUGUCUGAAGUGGAAGCAUUUUACAGCUUUUCCACUUUUAUCUUUAAAUGGUGCCCUCUUUAUGUUCAACCAACCAUGAGAGGCGUUCAUUGUGGGCUAAGGCUUUUAGAUAUAUGUUUGCGUGCAUUAGAUCCUACUUUGUAUGGAUAUUUACGUGGAAAAAACAUGUCUGCCAAUACAUAUGCCUUUGCAUCGGUUAUGACAUUUUCUGCUUGUACACCACCAUUAUCUGAGCUUUUGCAGUUAUGGGACUACAUGUUUGCUCGCGGCCGUCACAUGAAUAUUUUAUUUAUCAUUGCACAGCUUGCUUUGAUUCGUACCGAAUUACUCCAAAGCCCAAGCCCCAUUAAUUUAUUACGAGUUUUACCUCCGUUGCGGGCAAAGGCCAUUAUAAAUCUUACCAACUCAUUAUGUAAGAAUCUAUCCCCUGAAUUACAUGAUAAGCUGGCACGGCAUGCUUACGAUGAAGAGAUCUCGAAUGAGCUAGGAAUCCAAACCACUACGGAUUCAAAUUAUACCGAACAGGAUGAUACUACAACGGAUUUACCAGCCUUCAUGGUAGACGCCAUCGAUAAUGUGAUGAUACAGUAA